AUGGCGUCGUCGUCGUCGUUGCCGGCGACGCUGCGGAUGCUCCGCGCCGCGUGGCGGGGCGCCCAGGAGGCGGUCUCCUUCUCCUCCACCCGCCUGCGGCAGCACACUGGCACGCACCUGCACCGGAUCGACCGCUACUCCGCGGUCGACGCGGCGGCGCUCGCCGGGCAGCGCAUCGAGACGGCACUGUUCCGCGUCGGCGGCCACGAGUGGCGGCUCCACUUCUACCCCAGGGGCGUCCUCGCUGCUUCCGACGACGACGCCGGCCGCGUCUCCGUCGACCUUAUUCUCUGGUCCCGCCGCGACCCCUGGUGGAGUCUGAUCCCCGCCACGCCGUCGGACGUGACCGCCGCGUACAGGGUGAGCAUCGCCCUCGACGGCGACGGCGGGAACCGGGCGUUCUGCACGGCCGUGGGGCCGCACCGCUUCCGCGGCAGCUUGUGCAGCUCCGGCGCCAUGGACGUGGCCACGGUGGAGGAGCUGAGGGCGGCGCUGCGGCGCGGGGAGGGCGCCGGCGACGGGAUCGUCGUCCGGUGCGACGUCACCGUGACGAGCCUCGAGAAGGAGUCCCGGAUCAUGUGGUGCAUUCGUCAGCUAGUUAGCAAAAUAAAUUUGGAUUCAAUUCGAUGA